CGUAUUCCUGCUUCGUAUAACGUGAAAUGUCCAAGCAGGUUAACGGCUAGUACAGGGUGAAGAUUUUAUAGAUCAAUUAGUAGUUUUUUGGUGAAAAAUUGUAUAAAAAUGGCUGCGAAAAAAAAAUGGUCGAUCGCUGAAUUGGAAAGUAUGAGCCUAGCUGAUAUUUAUAAAAUUGUAGAGGAUGUAGACGAGGUACCUAGUGAUAAUGAGUCAGUACUAGAUGAUCUGGACGCUGUUAUGAGUGAUGAAAUACCCAUUACUCAAGAAAAUGCUGACCUAAAUAAUGAUCUUUUCAAUCUUCGGAAUAUGGAUGUCAUUUUUGAGGACUUGAUCGAAGAUGAAAACUGCUCUUUAGACAAUGCGCAGUGGGAAAGUGACGAUGAUAUUCCACUAGCUAGAAGAAAUGAUAUAUUUCUGCCUUGCUACUGGACCAAAGAUACAGUAUACAUCAACAAACCAAGCAAAUUUGAAGAAGAGGCUGGCCCCAAUUUGCCUAAUAUCAUUGAAACACCUACGGACGUUUUUUUGCACCUAUUUCCUGAAGACCUCAUCGACCAUAUUGUUUUUCAAACAAACUUAUAUUGUGUACAGAAAUUUGGCGAUGGAAGAAACUUCGUUCCUACAACGAAGGAUGAAAUCAAAGUUUUCUUCGCUGUAAACUUGCUGAUGGGUGUAAAAAGGCUACCCAGUUAUAAAGAUUACUGGUCGUCAGAUGAAGUGCUCAGAGACUCAUUUAUUAGUGGCUGUAUUUCCAGAGAAUGGUUACUAAGUAAUAUUCACCUCAAUGAUAAUUCCGUACAGCCCAAAAAGGAUUAG